UCAAUAGCUUCAUUGAGUGCAAAACAAGGUUCUCGACAACCUCCAAUCAUCUCUUUCAUCGAUAGAAGUAACCUAACCGACCUAGAUCCACCCUCGAAACCAUCCAUUUCAAGAAUUCUCUGAAGCUGCUCCUUGGUUUGUUUCUCUUCUGGCUGUAAUUACGUUGUUUUCUCGGUAUUCAUCACAGUACUUGGAGUUUUCCGACCAGAGGCUGGUGAAGUUGCCGGCUGAUCGACGUUUUCUUGGAAUUUUUGUAGUGAAUACUCGGGGAUCUUUUCCCUCUGGAGUCGCGAUAUGACUUCGGGCGUCGAAGGAAGUGAUUUAGCUGAGAUAUCUUGUGAGUCCGCAACAACCAUGAACUUGUUCCCUACCAAGGAGAACGAUAGAACACCGCAAAGCUUCUCUACAAUGAACUUAUUUCCGCAUCUCUCCUCAGAAGAGAUUCCAAAGAUGGCAAAUUCCAGUGUACCUAAGUCUGUCGCUAAGGAGCCUAGAGCUGCGCAGAUGACAAUCUUUUAUGGUGGGCAAGUUUUCGUGUUGGAUGAUUUUCCUGCUGAAAAAGUCAUGGAGAUCUUGGCCUUUGCCAGCAAAGGAACAUCAUCCCCUAUACAGAACAACAGCUCUGCUUAUGCUUUUCCUCAGAGCCAGCCAUCGUUUCCUCAUAAUUCAACUGGAUUUUCUUCAGAUUCCCAAAGGCCAGUUUCUCCUAACGUAAAUAAUAUUCCUCAUAUUUGCAACACUUUGGUUCAAGGGAGUCCUCAGUCACCAUCUGGACCUGUGGUUGGUGACCUUCCGAUUGCUAGAAAAGCUUCGCUUCAUCGUUUCUUGGAGAAGAGAAAGGACAGGAUUGCCGCCAGAGCACCGUAUCAAACAAGCAACCCCAUGGCGGUUCCAAAUAAGUCAAACGAAUCCAUGCCAUGGCUUGAAUUGGCUGCAAAGUCGCCCCACAUCUGACCGUCUUAGCGUGGCAGCAGUUCUAUCUGUUAUAUAAUGUAAUUAAGGAUUCUGACGGCUCCUUUUGUAGCAAUCUGUGAUAUGAGCAACUUCUGUUCUCAUAGGCCUUUUAAUAGAUCUAAAAAGUGAUUAGUCCUAGUUAUUCUCUGUAUUUGGUUUAGAAAUUCCCGAGGGAUUUCAGCUUUUGGAUCCAUUGUCCGUUGUACUUAGUUCUAUUUUCAAACUGAUAAAGCAUAGAAGUUGGAAUUGCGUAAAAGUUUCUGGUGAGUCGCAUGGUUUCAGAUAAUGUUGUUCCGUUGUCUAUAAAAAUUUGCUGUACGCUUCUGUUAUGUAGUGAAAAAAUGGACUGUUAUUCAUAUGGAUCUCUUCUCUUCCUCUGUA